AAACGCUAGAUUUGCGGCGAGCGCUCGCCGCUGCUUGCCAUUUAUUCUAAAUUUUUCCCGGGUGCCUUAGCUUUCAAAAGAAGACAGCAUGACCCGAAAACACAAGAAAAACGUUGCGAUUGGCGAAGCUGUCAGAAUCGCAGUCACAUCGGCCCUGCAGCAAUUUUACCAAGCCGAAGAUCAGCGAGAGUAUGAAUUUCCGUCAUCGUUCACGGCUGAAGAGCGGGCUUUCAUCCACAAAUACUGCCUGUCACUCGGUCUCAAGUCCAAAAGCAGAGGCAAGGGUGCCAACCGCUUCUUGACGGCAUACAAAAAGGCAGGCUCCACCAUUGUCCAAGCGGAUGCGUCCUUCACAAUGGGUCCCCUGUCGUGCCAGUACGCCGUGGUCCUUCUGCAAAAGUUCCCGGUCAACAUCAGUGAACGACAGGACCUCCUACCGCCCACGGAACGGGAUCGCCUGAUUGGUCACGAGGUCAGAGACGUGAACCGCACGACGGCGCGUCUCAACUGCGGCAUUCCGCAAGUUCCCCCGCUCUGCGAAGCGUCCCCGCUCGAGGCCCAGCGUCAGCAGCUUCCCAUCUGGCAGAGCCGCGAAGUCCUGGUGUCCACCAUUGCCCGGAACCAGGUCACCAUCGUGGUGGGGGAGACCGGCUGCGGCAAGACCACCCAGGUGCCGCAGUAUCUGCUGGAGCACCACGCAAGCGUCGGCCAGCCGAUCCGGAUCAUCUGCACGGAGCCGCGGCGCCUGGCCGCCGUGGCCGUGGCCGAGAGGGUAUCCGCGGAGCGAAACGAGCGGCUGGGUCACACGGUCGGAUACCAGAUACGACUGGAAAACAGGGUGUCGCCAAAGACCCUCCUUACGGUGUGCACCAACGGCAUCCUCCUGCGCACCUUGAUGGGGAACGACUCCGCCAUGGCAACCAUCACUCACGUCAUUGUGGACGAGGUCCACGAACGUGACCGGUUCAGCGACUUCCUGCUGAUCGUGCUGCGCGACCUGCUGCCCAAGUUCCGCAACCUCAAGCUGAUCCUCAUGUCGGCCACCGUAGACGUCGAGCACUUUGUCAAGUACUUCGGCGGCUGUCCCGUCGUGGAAGUUCCUGCCAAGUCCCACGAAGUGAAGGUGUACUUUCUGGAAGACGUGCUGCGCCUGACGAACUACACGAGUGGCGAAAUGGUGAAGCUCAAGUCUGUCCAGCGCAAGACGGAGGCUCAGAGGGCGCAACUGGCCAAGUGGUGCGAGGGAACGCAGUCGCAGAACGCGUCCCACCUCGGUCUUGCAGCGUCUCGGGAGGGCUUGGAGGUGAAGGAGGGGGAGGAGGAAGGUGCCCAGAGGCUGGACUCGACUCUCGCCGCCGAGAUGGACCGUGCGUUGCACCAGGCCUGGAUGAGUGGCACCGACGAGGCCUUCUCGCAGUUGCUCUACCACUUCCUCUCCGAAAACGUCAAUGUGGACCACCGUCACAGUGAGACGAGCGCCACUGCGCUGAUGCUGGCCGCCGGACGGGGCAAGACGGAGGUGGUGGAGGAACUGCUGGCGCUGGGCGCAGACCCCCGCGCCAAGGCCUCCAACGACUGGACGGCGCUCGACUGGGCCCAGCACUUCCAGCAGGAAGACGCCGUGCAAGUGCUCCUCGCACACCUGCUGGUGCUUCAGAGCGGGAUUUCAAGACCGGACACCGGGGUGCCGGAUCUGAGCGAUGCGGAUCGUGAGCAUUUGGAGCUCUACCAGCGGAGCAUCGACGACGACCAAACGGACCUGGACCUGGUGUUUGCUUUGCUCCGUACGCUCCACGGCAGUCAGGACGAAGGGGCCAUACUGGUGUUCCUUGCCGGCUUUGACGACAUGGCUUCCUUGAAGGAGAAGAUUCUGGCGGAUCACCACAACUUCUCGAGCCAGAUGAGGUAUGUCCUGUGCAUGCUGCACUCCAACGUGCAGUGCAGCGAACAGCGGCAGGUCUUCAACACUAUGCCUCCGGGUGUGCGGAAGAUUAUCCUGUCGACCAACAUAGCCGAGACGAGCAUCACCAUCAGCGACGUGAGCUUUGUCAUCGACUCCGGAAAAGUGAAAGAGAAGUCCUUCGACAGCCUGACGGGCACCACGCUGCUCAAGUCGGUCUGGGUGAGCCGGGCCAGCGCCCUGCAGCGCAAGGGCCGGGCGGGUCGCACCCGUCCGGGGGUCUGCUUCCACCUGUUUAGCCGCCAGCGGUUCCUGGGCCUGGCCCCGUUCCAGCAGCCGGAGCUGCUGCGCCUGCCCCUGCAGGAGCUCUGCCUGCAGGCCAAGCUGCUCGUGGCUCCCAACGUGCCCAUUGCGGACUUCCUCGCCAGGGCACCCAACCCACCCGCCUUCAUGGUCACCCGCACGGCCGUGUCUCUGCUCAAGGCGAUAGAUGCCCUGGACCCAUCGGAGCAGCUCACGGAGAUGGGCCUGCACCUGCUGGACCUGCCCAUUGAUCCGCAGCUGGGGAAGAUGGUGCUCUACUCCGUCGUGCUCAAGUGCCUGGACCCCGUGCUCACCAUCGUCUGCUGCCUCUCGGUCAAGGACCCCUUCGUGCUGCCCACUCAUCCGGGUCAGAGGCGGUCUGCCUACCUGGCACGGCGUAAACUGGCAGCCGACACCUACAGCGACCACAUGGCCCUGCUCAGGGCUUUCCAGGGCUGGCAGCGGGCGCGCUGCGAGAAUGUGGAGCGCUACUUCUGCGAGCGCCACUGCAUCUCGGGCUCGACCAUGGCCACCAUCCUGGCCGUGAGGGGACAGCUGCUGGGCCAGCUGAGGGCGUCCGGCUUCGUGCGUGCCCGGGGCAGCGGGGACAUCAAGGACCUGAACGCCCACUCGGACAACUGGGCGGUGGUCAAGGCGGCCCUGUGCGCGGGCUCCUACCCGAACCUGCUCAGGGUGGACCGCGAGAGGCGCCAGCUGGUGGCACAACGUGCCUCGAGGGUGCGCUUCCACACCCGCUCGGUGCUCUCCCAGCCGGAGAUCCGGACCACGGGCGAGGCGGGCACCACGACGCGGGCGGCGGCGGUGGCGUCUCUCCCGACGGACUGGCUCCUGUACGGGGAGCUGGCGCGCGCGGGCCCCACGGCCUACGCCCACAUGUGCACCCUGGUGUCGCCCGUCACCGUGGCCCUGUUCGCGGGACCCUCCAGGCUCCCGCUGGACGCACUCUACGAGCCGCAGGGGAGAAACUUUGGCCUGGGUGAGGACAGCGACAGUGAGGAGGAUGAAGAAUGUGAGCUCCAAAAGUGCAUGCUCAAGCUCGACGACUGGGUCUCCCUCAAGGCUGAACCCGAGGUGGGGCACCUGGCCCUGCAACUCCGCCAGAAGUUGCAGGCACUCUUCCUGCGCCGGAUGCAGUGCCCCACCAAGCCGUGGUCGCAAGUAGACGAAGCCGUAGUCCGAGCCGUAGUCGGGGUCCUCACCUCCGAAGAGGAAGCCCUCGGCCUGCCCAAGGGACCUCCUGGCAUCGGGCAGCGACCCCGGCCGUUUGCCUUCGAGCCCGGCUACCUGUCCUUCUCCUCCCCGGCCGUGGCCCCUCCGGAUAAUCCGGCGGCUAAUCCGGCAGGUAAUCCGGCAAGGCGAACAGUCCUGCGUAAGGGAGCGUCGCUGGACUAUGGGACGGCUGCGAGGUCAUUGCCCUCAUCGCGGCGAGGUUCGGGCGCCAGUUUGCCCGCUGUACCGUUCGGAGCGGGACGCUCGGAAGCCGGUGCCGGAUCGUGGUGCUCGGACGAGCGGUCGGACACCUCCUCGCUGCCCGCGGCCAGCAGCGGCCACCCGAGCCCUAGCCCCAGCCCCAAGCGGUCUCCGGGUCAGCGACGUCGCUUUUACGUCGUCAAGGCGAGCUCCCAGCGGAUGGUGGACGUCUCCGUCUCCACGGGCCUCUGGUCCCUGGGUCCGGCCACCGACCGGAAGGUGCAGUGGGCUCUCAAGGAGGGCAAAGAGGUGGUGCUGGUAUUCUCGGUGCAAGGCAGCGGCCACUUCCAAGGCUACGCGCAACUCCAAGGCCUGGCGUCCAGCAUGUGCUGCCCCCCGAACGACUACGCCGCCAACACGGGCGGACGCUGCUACUUCAUUGAGUGGAAGCACAGGUGCAACCUGCCAUUCCAGAGCACGCGACACCUACUGAAUCCAUGGAACGAGAACCGCAAGGUACAAGUCAGCAGAGACGGUCAGGAAAUUGAACCCCGGAUUGGCGAAGCCCUGUGUCGGCUGUGGAUUGGACUCCCGGACGCCAGGGCUGCGAGCCAAAUCGUGUGAUGCUGAGAAACCCGGCCACAAUCGCAGUCUUAUGUCUACGGCCAUUAACUCAUCGUUGCAUCUGCGUUUUAUGACCAUAAUGUGAGCUUCAGUGCUGUUGCUUUGCUUCAGUUGUUUUUUUAUGCUUUUUAUUCUCAUUCCCAUAAUGUGGCAGCUUCAAUGUUCUGGACAAUUGCAACAGACCCUUAGGAGUGAUACUGCAGCCUAAAGAAAAAGAAACUGUGCAACUUGCUUUUUUUUUUUUUUUCCCCCAUUACUUGCAUUGUAAGUAAUAUUCCAGGUUUCGUUAUUAAUUUUCAGUGGUGUAUUUAAAUUCGGUAUUGGGCUAGAAAUGUUAAUUCAGUUGUGUAUUAAUUCUGAAAUCCUGCCUAGAAAAAAAAAAAGCAUUUGACAUGAAUAAGAACAAGAUGCUUGCUAGAUAGGGUUGUGUCACCAUCCCUACUUUUAAUUGGCCUUUUAUUGAAUGGAUUUAGAGUAAAAAAAUAUGGAAUCUACUUUUACUAGCUCGAUGUUGUGUUUAUGAGAGUUAUGUUUUUGGCAUAAAACUUUGUUAAUGAACACGGCUUUCCAUGAGCAACGAACAUUGCAAAGAAAACUUGCUCGCAAAUGGUAAAAGUGAUUAGCUAUUGAAUGAUAACAAGUCAAGUUUUAUCUGGUAUUGGUAUGUAUUAGAAUUUACUUCCAAGAGUUUUUAAAGAAUGGGAAUAUUUUCAACAUUGACCGACCCAACGAAACCUGUCAACUGUUAGAUAAUUAUACUUACCCUUACAGUUCGGAGAAUUUUGCAUAGAGGUAAGAGGUGUUCACUUUUCUCCUACUGUGUCUCUCUGUGUUCACAAAUGCAAUGAUAAGUCCUUAAACUUUAGAAGAGCGCUUUGAUUUGUCACCGUCACAACACGCACGUGAUAUGUGCAAGCAUUUUCACGUGGGGCCGACCAUCGUGGCUCGAAAAUGCCAUUUUAGCAUUGCCACAGUAAUUCUAGUCCUUGAAGCUGUGAUGGAAUUGUUAGCUUUGCCUCACAACUUCCUUUAUAUGUACAUCCUAUAUUUGAUGUUUCUGCCUUCUUUGUUUUUGUUUUUUUUAAUUCAUAGUGCCAAGGCAACUUGAGUGCUCGUGUCUUGCGUAAUAUUCACAGAUUGCGGUUCGAAGCACAAUACAAUAGAAUCUCGUUAAUUCAAACUUGCGGAUAUAUCGAACUAAACAUGCAGGUCCCGUCCUAUGUGUUUCUAGGAAGGAAACUCCCGGUUAAUUCAAAAUUUGCAUUAUUCAAACAAAGUCUUGGUCUCCUUCAAGUUCAGAUUAACAAGAUUCCAGUGUAAAUUGUUCUACAACGAGCUGGUGCGAGUUGUUUCGGUUGAGACGUGCCUGUCAAUUUACGUGCCGUCUGUUUUGUGCGCGACUUAUCUGAAUUUUUGCAUCAUUGUCAUGACACUUCAAGUUUUCGUUUUUAAGGCAAAUUUUUAAGACAAAAAAUGUUGGCCAAGAUUGCCUGCCAACACAUUUCGGGGACAGCAUUAGAGUGGCCGUAUGCUUCGAAUCCUUUUUUUUUUAUUGACUAAGCCUUUUCUUGCGUAGAAGGCUUUUCUGGUAACUAUAAUAUGAAUUUCUUCUCUAGUUAAAACCAGAGCUCAGUAAUUGAUUCAAUUAGGGGCGAAGAACAUUCCUAUAAAAACAGUUUCUAUUAAUGUUUUUCUAAUUUGUCAUCAAAAAUAAAAACUUAAAGUGCAUUGGCAGACAGGCCAGCUGCAACCCGAAAAUAACAGUGAGAAUAUCGACAUAAAUGUGUUAACAAUUAACAUACACAGAAACGUUUGUGUCUGUGUACGUGACCCCAGUGGCAAUGGAGUAGGCUGUCAUUGUUUUCCCAGGCAUUACCUAAACGUUCCAGCUACGUUCAGUCAUAACAAUAUCUUCCGAGAAAUGUGGUGGCAAGUGGCCAUCGAACCUGUCAUUGACUCGUUACUGCACGAGCUCUUUGCUCAGUUAAGUCUGUUUCCUCCAAGAAUGUGGUGUAACAUAAAUGUUGACUUUUGAACUGUAAACUUACCAAUGGUUUGAA